AUGACUGAUCUCGAGAGCCAAGCUUCCUCCGCCGCAGAGGUAGAAAAGACGGCGGAACUAUCAAACCCUUUACCUCCUCGAGGAGAAACUACGAGUGAAGACGGCCUCAAGGAUGACCGCGCGCAGGACUCCCCUCCCCUCUACCCGGAAACAGACCUUGACAAUGGCAUUGUCGGCUGGGAUGGAAAGGACGACCCAGCUAAUCCACUAAACUUCCUUCCAGCUCGGAAAUGGGGCCUGUUGGCGCUUCUGAGUUCCAUGACGUUCAUAUCGCCUCUCGCUUCGAGUAUGUUUGCACCCGCAGUGGGAUACAUGGCUGAGGAAUUCAAUGUGACAAAUGAAACUCUGCUUUCAUUCUCUGUCUCUAUCUACCUUCUGGGAUAUACGGUUGGCCCUUUGGUGUUAGCACCCCUCAGCGAAAUCUACGGCCGCCGAAUUGUGCUCAGCGGCGCCAACUGGUUCUUUAUUGUGUGGCAGAUUGGGUGUGCCCUCGCCCCGAACGUUCAAUCCUUUAUCGUAUUUCGUUUGUUUGCCGGUAUGGGCGGUGUUGGCUGCGUCACGCUCGGAGCCGGAGUUAUUGCCGACCUGUUUCCCGUGGAGAAGCGUGCAAUGGCAACUUCAAUUUGGAGCAUGGGUCCAUUGAUCGGCCCAGUUGCUGGCCCUAUAGCAGGUGGCUUCAUUGGCGAAACAAUUGGCUGGCGUUGGGUGUUUUGGAUAUUGCUGAUUGUGGGCGGCGCCUUGGCUCUAUUGAUUGAAGUUCUGAACCGCGAGACCUAUGCCCGCGUUAUCAUUCGAUGGAAGACAGCCCGUCUGGCAAAGGAGCUAGGUCGGAAUGAUUUGCGCAGUGGAUAUGAUCCUGCCGGGCAGCAGGCCAACGUGUCAACAGGCCAGGUCCUCAGACAGGGACUGAAGCGGCCCAUGAUUUUGCUCUUCAAGUCGCCCAUUGUGGCUCUCCUCUCUUUAUACAUGUCAUUGGUUUAUGGCAUGCUAUACCUCUUCUUCACGACUAUCACCGAUGUCUUUCAAGCGCAAUACGGCUUCUCCACUGGUCUGGCGGGCCUUGCCUACUUGGGAAUUGGAGUUGGCUUCUUUGUCGGCCUCAUUGUCAUUGCGUUGACAAACGACAGAACUGUCAUGAGACUGACGGCCCGAAAUGGGGGGAAGUUUGAGCCUGAAAUGCGGCUGGUCAUGAUGAUCAUCUUCUCCUGUAUCACACCUAUCAGUUUCUUCUGGUACGGCUGGUCGGCCGAUAAGAAAGUACAAUGGAUAGUGCCCAUUAUUGGCAUGUUCCCUUUUGGUGUUGGCAUGAUGGGCCUCUUCCUGCCUUCGCAGACGUAUGUCAUUGAUUGCUAUCCGGCCUAUGCGGCCUCCGCGGUGGCCGUCAUGACCGCGACGCGCUCGCUAGUUGGUGCUCUGUUGCCGCUGGCGGGACCUCGGAUGUUUGCUACUCUGGGACUAGGAUGGGGGAACUCAUUGCUUGGGUUCAUAGCAUUGGCAUUUGUACCGGUUCCCAUCUUUUUCAACCGAUAUGGCAAGGCUAUUAGGACCAAAUUCACGCCUAGUGCCAGUCUAUUCAUAACUGAAUGCUUGCAAAGUGCAAAACCGACAGCGAAUAAAGCGGAAAGCCACAUUCCAGGGCCUGGAGAAUGCUUGAACCAGGAAGAGAUCUGUCGACAGCUGGAAGAAGAGAGAGAAAUGUCAGCCAAACGUAGCACAGCUAUCCUUUCUUCAUCGGAGAAGAAGCGGCUGAGGGACCGAAAAGCCCAGGCAACUCUCAGAGAAAAGCGACAAAAUCGGAUGCAGGCACUGGAAGACCGCGUUGCGUUUUGCGAGAGAAACCAUGGCUCUGAAGCCAGCGCUCAAUCUGCAUACGUUCAGGAGCUUCUCGCUACUCUGGAGAGACUGCGAAUAGAGAAUAACCGGUUACGUGAGCGCCAGCAGCGGUUGCGCCAGAUGGUGGUCUCAUGGGACGCGACUGAGGAGAAGGAUAGCGAGCCAAAUAGAGACACACAACAGGAAACAUGUAGUACUACUUCACCUGCAACUUCCGAGAUGGUGAUAGUUACGAAUGGCAUUCACACAACACCAACACCAACCGAGAUGCCAUUUCGUGGAGCACUGUCACCCUCACCUUUUCCCACCACCACUACGGGCACUAUAACGCCUAAAGUCUGUCCCAUUGCCCAUGCAGUUGUUAAUCUACCCUCCUCGGCAGUGGGAUUGCAACCUGGGGCGCCAGCUUGGUGUCGCGUGCCUCUCAACAAGUUCGACAAAAAUAAUAACCUUGUUUUCCCUCUGCAAAAUGCGCAGGCGUGGUUUGAUCACCCAGAGUUAAUAGCUGCUUCCCCCGUGCAACCAUCUCCGCUCGACCUUCUUUACGGUACACGGCGCAACUAUCUGGCCAAUAAGAUUAACAAAUCAGUCCGAGGGCGUGCAAUGCGUGAUGCCGAAUGCCUUGCGUUGGGUUGUCUCGUAUAUAAUUAUAGCAAGUGGCGCGCAUCGCCGACUCCAGCCACCUUUGCGCGCUUAGCCAGUUUUCAACAUCCAAAUAAGGUCCAACUCGAAGAGGACCAUAUGGCGGGAUUAGACCUGAUUAUCUGGCCGCAGUUGAGGUCGAAUAUCAUACUGAAAUGGCAGACAUAUGACCUCAUUGAGUUGGUUGAUUACCUAAGUUGUUGUGUAAAGGUGCGCUGGCCAUGGGGUAAAGAUAUGUUAGAGCGUGAUGCGGAUGAUAAGUUACAACUGAGAAGUGAUUUUCAAACGGUUUUUAUGAGUGAGGGUGGCUGGGGGUUGACGGCUGAGUUUAUUGACAGGUAUCCCGACUUGCUGGAGGGGAUGGAUGUAGAGGCAUUGAGGUUUGAGAUUACCUUGCCGAAUUCAAUGUAUGCAUACUGA